AUGGUCGGCAAGAGCAACCGCGUCUGCAUUCGCCUGCUGCGCGAGGACGGGUCCGAGGCUGGCUUCCUCGACCCUGGAUCGCUCGGCAAGAAUUCGAGGCUCGCCGAGUUCUUCGCAGACAUCUUCAAGGGGAACAACAUCAUCCUCAACUCGGACGACGCAUUCGCUCACAUGCGGCGCCCCCCCCCCCCCUCCCCUGUGCAGCUCGUGUCUGUCGCCGCGCAGUGUAUCGAGACGCUUCCGCCCGACUCCAAGUUCCUGCAGCAGCUCAUCUACGCGGCCACGAUGCACGCGCGCACGUCGAUCGCGCAGCCCAAGCAGGGCAAGCUGCAGAAGAAGGUCGUGGAGGCGCUCAACGGGUACUGGGAGAGCGCCGCAGACGCGCUCAACGGCGUCAAGAACUUCAUCACCUGCGACGACAUCAUGGUGCCGAUGGAGCGGAUGCUCUCGAUGCAGCAGCGCUCCGCCGACCAGUUCCAGGGGCUCGGCAGCCGCGUCACCGCGCUCGAGAUCGAAGCGGUCAAGUUCAAGGAUGCCCUAGCCCGCGUUGAAAAAAUGGCGUUUUUGAGCGUGGCGGGGACCCAAGCGUGCGAGGCUCCCCUGAGCCGGUUUAUCGACGAGAACGAAACCCGCACGCAGGCGAACGAGGCGCAGCUGGACGCCGGCGUCGCGUCGAGCAAGGCGCAGGCAAAGGCGCUCGCCGCGCUGCACGAGCAGAAUGUGGCGGGCGUCGCGCGCUGUGUCGAGCUCGAGCGCAGCAUCUCCAAGCUGCGCGCGCGGCACGAGGAGCUCGAGGCGCGCGAGGAGGUGUUCGAGCGCGAGCAGGCGCUGCGCGUCUCCGAGCUCGACACCGCCCUCGAGCAGCAGAAGCUGCUGACGGCCGUGCUCUCCAAGAAGCUCGCCGAGAUCACCUCUUUGAAGCUGCGCGACGCCAAGCGGCAGAUGGAGAUCUUCUCCGUUUCUCAACGAAAACUCUUGGCAGCCGCCAUUAGGUAA